CCCUCCCCCUCAGAUCCCAGCCUCUCCCGGCAGCAGUGCCAGCAGCCUCACUGUUGUGACGGCCAUGAGCAGCAACUCAGACAGCGGCGGGGCCAGGGGCGGAGACGAGCUGAUCCAGAGCCCCAAAAUCUCCCUGGAUUCCAGCAGCAGCACCAUGACCCUGAGCUCCACCCCCUCCGGCAGCUCCCGCACCAGCACCAUGCUGAUCCCCGGCCUGGGAGACCAGCUGCCUGUCAAUAACCUGCAGACGCUGUCCUCUCCGAACCCGCCGCUCUCGCUGGACCUGCAGGUGAUCGAGCCGCUCCUCGUUCCCCAGUCCUCCCCCACCCGGGAGCGCUCCCCGGACGUCAUCUCCUCCGCCUCCACCGCCAUGUCCCAGGACAUCCCCGAGAUCGCCUCGGAGACGCUGCAGCGCGGGCUGGGCGCGGCGUCGGGCGCCUCGUCGCUGUCGUCGGGCGUGGCGGCGGCGGCAGCGGGGGGGGCGGAGCCUCACGCGGACAGCAUGGCGUCGGCGGCGACCGCCCUCCACCUGCUCUCGCCCCGGAACCGGAACGGCUCGGACCCGGCCCGCCUGUCGCUGGAGCUGGGCGGCGCCGGCGAGGGCGAGCGGCUCCGCUCCACCCCCUCCCUGCUGGAGGCCGCCCUGUCGCAGGAGAGCGCAGCCGCCGCAGCCGCCUGCGCAGACGGAGCGGUCAGCCAGCCCUGGCCCGCCGCCCCCGACAUCACCCGGGAGACACGCAACAGCCUGAGAGACAACAGCCUGGUGGACUGGGAGGAUUUGAAGGAGAAGCACAAGUCUUCCCCCUACCACAGACACACCUACAGCCUGCCCCACAACGACAGCCAGGACGCCAGCGCAGAGCAGAGUGACCAUGACGACGAGGUGGCGAGUUUGGCGUCCUCCACGGGGAACUGCGGCUCCAGGUCGUCCCACCGCCUGCCCGUUAAGGACUGGAAGGUCUCGCCCCGCGCCUCCCCCAAACUGAAGAGGAAGAGCAAAAAGGACGAUGGAGAUUCGUCGCAGUCCCGGCACCCCGAACACCAGAUGAGCCCGGAGCUGCAGGGGGAGCUGCUCAUGCUCCUGAGGAGCCAGCAGAGGGAGCUGGCCGAGCUGCAGCAGAGCCAGCUGGACCUGCUGCACCGGCUCACCGGACACAUGGACUCCGUGCAGAGCUCCAUCAUGGCCCACGUGGAGCAGGCCAUCAUCGCUCAGCAGGAGCAGGACCAGCGCAGGAUGGACCGCAUGGUCACCGAGGGGCUGGAGCGCAGCCGGCAGGUGCAGGAGAACCUCUCCCAGCAGCUCUCCCAAACCCUCACCAGCACGCUGUCCAACCGCCUCGACAAGGUGCUCCGCGACGAGAUGAAGAAGACCGUCCCCCAGACGAUCUCCAAGAGCCUGGAGCCGGUGACGGGUCAGCUGAGCAGCACCAUCGCCGCCAAGCUGACCGCCGUGGAGGGGACGCUCAAGGAGAACGUCUCCAAGGUGGUCAAGAGCAAGAACACGACCGACGCGAUUGGCCGGGCGGCGGCCGACGCCCUCCAGGGCCCCAUCCAGGCGGCCUAUAAGGAGGCGUUUCAGAGCAUCGUCCUGCCGGUGUUUGAGAAGGGCUGCCAGUCCAUGUUCCAGCAGAUCAACGACAGCUUCAAACAGGGCACGCAUGAGUACAUCCAGCAGCUGGAGAGCCACCUGAAGAACAGGAAGCAGCGGGAGCACGACGCGCGGGACCCUCUGAUUGGCCAGCUGCAGCAGCUGGUGGACUCCUUCCAGACCUCCAGCGACCAGCUGGCCAAUAGCGUGACUGCGAGCGUGCGCUCGGAGGUCCAGCACCAGCUGCACAUGAUCGUGGGGAACCUGCAGGACUCCAUCCUGACGCAGGUGCAGCGCAUCGUGAAGGGGGAGGUGAGCAUGGCCAUGAAGGAGCAGCAGGCGGUGGUCACCUCCAGCAUCAUGCAGGCCAUGCGGUCUGCCGCCGGCACGCCCAUCCCCACCGCCCACCUGGACUACCAGGCCCAGCAGGCCAGCAUCCUGCAGCUGCUGCAGCAGGGCCAGCUCAACCAGGCCUUCCAGCAGGCUCUCUCUGCGGCUGAUCUGAACCUGGUUCUGUACGUGUGCGAGACCAUCGACUCCCAGCAGGUGUUCAGCCAGAACCCCUGCCCCCUCAUCCAGCCCGUCCUGCUGUCCCUGAUCCAGCAGCUCUCCACCAACCUGGCAACCCGCUCCGAGCUCAAGAUCAGUUACCUGGAGGAUGCGGUGAUGAACCUGGACCACAGUGACCCGGUAACCCGGGACCACAUGAGCUCGGUGCUGACCCAGGUGCGCCAGAAGCUCUUCCAGUUCCUGCAGCAGGACCAGCAGGGCCCCCUGAGCAAGCGGGCGCGGCGCCUGAUGAUGAUGCUGCAGGGCCUGGUCACCCACUAGGCCGUGUGGCCUGUGUUUCUCAGAGGGGCUGAUGGGAGGUGUAGUCCAGAGCAGCUGUAGUCUACUCAGCACCUCUAAAAAAAAGAAAAAAAGAAAAAAAAAAAAAACUUUUUACGCCAUUGGUUGCCCCUCAUCCCCUGUCCUGCCUCAUCAACCACCAACCCCUUCGCCCCCCCCAACCAUGCUUUGGGCUUUCAUUUUAACACAAAAAGAGCACUAAAGAUGGUGGUUGCCCUGCCGUCACCCCGCCCCCCUGCCUGUGCUCCAGAGGAGGUUGUUUUGUGGGCCACUGGUCACAGAAACGGAUGCCGGAAUGCCACGCGCCUUUUUUUGACACGUUUUUUUUUUUCUUAUUCCUCAUUUUGCAGUGUGGGGGGAGGGAGGGAGGAGGGAGGGGUGGGGGCAGACAAAACGGAAGUACAGCAAGAGAACUGACCUGACGGUGGAGCCUGGCGGAGAACGUUUCUGUUCGCAUCUUUUCUACAUUCAGGCGCAUCGUCCUGCGUUUCUGGGGCUGUUGUCUCGGAAACGGAAAAGACUACAAAGAUGGAGACUGCUUUUCUUCUCCAUAUCUUCCUUUAAUGUUUUAUUGCCAUAUAAGCAGCCAUCUUUUUUUUUUGUUUGUUUUGUUUGUUUAUUAGUUUUUUUUUUUGUUUGUAAUUUUUGUCUCUGGAAAAGAAAGCAGGAAUUGAAUCCCAUGGUACAAAUGGUUUCCUCUCAUUGUGGGUGGAGCAAAUCUGGCGCUUAACCCCGCCCCCACCAUGGCCCCUCCCCCUGCCCUCUCAGCUUGCCAUACUUUGGAGUGAACUUAUUUCGAAACUUGGACUACUUCCCCUGGGCUUC